AUGUCCAUGAUGUGGCACGGCGUCGCGCGCGCCUGCGCCAGGACCACCCCAAGGGUCGCCCCCAGAACUUUCGCGGCCGCCCCUAGAGCUUUCGCUACGUACAAUGCCUCUAGGCAUUCCAGCCUGAAAGCGAUCGAGCAGGCGGCCCGCCAAAAGAACAGGGAUGUCGAAUUCCCCAACUUCGAUCGAAGCAAUGUCAAGGAGGGCAUUGUACACAUUGGCGUCGGUGGUUUCCACAGAGCGCACUUGGCUGUCUACAUCGACAGCCUGAUGAAGGAGCACGGCGAUCGCAACUGGGCGAUCUGCGGUGUCGGCCUCCAGCCUUUCGAUGCUGGCAUGCGCGAUGCCCUGGUGGGUCAGGACUGCCUGUAUACUCUGAUCGAGCGUGCCGAGAAGGGCAGCAGCGCCCGUGUCAUUGGCAGCAUCAACUCGUUCCUCUUCGCGCCUGAUGACCCGACCAAGGUCAUUGACAAGAUGGCCCACGCGGACACCAAGAUUGUGUCCAUGACCAUCACCGAGAGCGGCUACUACUACAACGAGAACACCCAUGAGCUUGAGAUUGAGCACCCGGACAUUGUCGCUGACCUGAAGAGCGACCUCAAGUCUCCCCGCACAACCUUUGGCUUCCUCUUUGCGGCCCUCGAGAAGCGUCACGCCGCUGGGCUCAAGCCGUUCACCGUCCUGUCUUGCGACAACAUGCAGAAGAACGGCAGCAUCACUCGGCAUAUGCUGCUGAGCUUUGCCCGUGCGCGCAACGCCAAGAUUGCCGACUGGAUCGAGGCUCAGGGACAGUUCCCCAACAGCAUGGUGGACCGCAUCACACCUCGUACCACAGACAACGACAAGACCGCCCUCGCUGAGACCUUUGGUAUCCAGGACUCGUGGCCCGUGGUCACCGAGCCCUUCACCCAGUGGGUCAUUGAGGACUCGUUCGCCGACGGCCGCCCUGCCUUUGAGAAGGUCGGCGUGCAGGUCGUGAGCAACGUCCACGAGGUCGAGAAGUUUGAGUGCCACAAGCUGCGCCUGCUCAACGCCAGUCACUCGGCCGUAGCCUACGCCGCCUACCUGAGUGGCAUCGAGUACGUCCACGAGGUGUUUGAGAACCCGCUGUACUACAAGUUCAUCUAUAACAUGAUGCACAAGGAGGUCAAGCCCCUCAUGCCUGCCAUUGACGGCGUCGACAUUGACAAGUACUGCGACACCUUGCUAGAGCGCUUUGCCAACCCCACCAUCAUGGACCAGAUCGGCCGUCUCACCAUCAACGGCUCCGGCAAGCUGCCUCAGUUCAUCAUGCCCACCAUUGCCGAGCAGAUCAUGGCCGGCACCCACGACUUCAAGCGCCUCGUCUUCGUGACGGCCACCUGGUUCCGCUUCCUCAACGGCAAGGAUGAGCAGGGCAAGCCCAUCUUCAUUGACGACCCGAUGGUGGAGGAUCUCCAGGCCCGGGCCAUCAAGGGUGGUGCCAAGCCUUUCCCUCUGCUGGACGUGAAGAGCCUGUUUGGUGAUGAUCUGCGUGGCGACAAGAUCUUUGUCGAGGAGCUCACCAAGGCUAUGGAGAGCCUGUACCGCGAUGGUACCAUGGCUACCCUGGCCAAGUACGUCGACUAA